AUGGGGCCCAGCGUGCUGGUGAGAUUGAACUUGCCUGGCUUUGCCUCCCCGGAACCCUUCCGUUUGGGCAACGCUCCUGCGUCGAUCGCAGGCUUGGCAUGUGCCGUGCUCCAAGAGAUUGGAGGCUUCAGCCAGGACGAAUUGGAGGCGGUGCGAAACCACUUGGAUCAAGUGCCGCUAACGCUCUUGGGGGAGCUGUGUGCCGGCCAACUGGUUGAGCUAGCCUCGGAUGCUGAACUGGGCGUGUUUCUGGCGACUGCUGAGUCACCCAAGGGACCUCCCAUCAUCGAGGUCGCCAACUCCCUCCGCGACGUCACUCGGAGGCAUGGUUCCUUUGAGCGCAUCACCGGAGGUGCAGGAGCAGCGGCCUCCUGCUUCGCGUUUCUCCGAAGACAAGGAGCUUCAGGAGCACCUGCAGCUGCAGCAGGAAUUGCAGCAGAAGCAGCGACAGCUGCAGCAGCAACAGCAGCUGCUGCAGCAGCAGUUCGAGCACGCGGCGCACGCGGCGCACACACGCGACAGAGGGGCACCAGAGAUUGGAAAGAGGAGAUGGCGGGGCCACCGAUGGCCGAUGAGUUGAGAAGUCUCCAAGUCACCUGA